AUGUCGUUGGUAUACACAUUCAAACGCUUCUGGUCAUUCCUGCGCUUGGACGAACUGGUCAGCGCUGCCCUGUCCGGAGAUGAUGACUGGGAUUACAGCGAGGAACCCCACACCUCCAGACGCUCAGAAAUUCUCCGCAAACACCCGGAAAUCAAACGCCUGAUGGGGUACGAUCCCUUCAUCGCGUACGUUCUAGCCUUCGAGGUUUCCCUGCAAUUGUUUAUGGCAUGGUGCGUGCGGGAUUCCCCGUGGUGGUUGGUGGUUCUCCUGGCCUACUGUGUUGGGGCGUUUGUGAACCAUUCGUGUGGGACAGCUAUCCAUGAAAUUGGCCAUAAUUUGGCCUUUGGACACUCAAGGCCUAUUCUGAAUAGACUACUGGGGAUGUUUGCCAAUCUACCGCUAGCGGUCCCUUUUUCUGUGACAUACAAGAAAUAUCACUCCGAUCAUCACAGGUAUAUGGGACACGAAUGGAUGGACGUGGACAUCCCCACCAGACUGGAGAGCCGUCUCUUCCAACAUCCCAUCACCAAAAUCAUCUGGUUGUUCUUUCAUCCGGCCAUCCACGCGCUGCGACCCAUGUAUAAAAGUCCAAAGAACCUCACGAAGCUCGAAAUCACAAACGUCCUCGUUCAGUGCUCGUGGAAUCUCCUUAUCUAUCAUUACCUCGGCGGGAAAUCUCUUGCUUAUCUGGCUUUGGGAACGCUCUUUGGGUUCGGUUGUCACCCGUGUGCUGGUCACUUCAUCUCAGAGCAUUAUCUGUUCCAAGGCACCCAGGCCACCCAUUCGUAUUAUGGACCCAUGAACGCCAUACUGUUCAACGUUGGCUACCACGUCGAGCAUCACGAUUUCCCGUAUAUUCCCUACAGGAGACUUCCCCGCUUGAAGGAAAUCGCUCCCGAGUACUAUGCCGAUUUGCCGUAUCAUACCUCCUGGUGUAAGGUUCUGUGGGAUUUCAUAUUCCAAUCUCAUAUGGGACCUAUGGCGCAUGGGGUCGGCAUGGAAGGGGGGUUUAAACCAGCCAACGAAAAGGAUGAAAAAGUCAAAGAGAAAUGCCCGGAUUUUGCUGGAUUUGUGAAACAGAAUGGGCAUAACCAGCCUUUUGUGAACGGGCAUGAUCAGCCCAUUGCCUGCCAAACCAGAAAAGCCAAAGCCACUUUGACACACUAAACUGAUCUGUUUUUCUAUAAGAUUCUUGCUAACAUUUACGUAAUCCCCCCCCCCUUUU